CCGUCCCCACCCUCCUCCCGCCCCGCUUUCCUCCCUCCUUUCUUCCUCCCCCCUCCUUUCUCCCUUCGCCUGCAGCCCGAGCCGGGGGCGCUAGCCGGGCUGGCAGGAGGGCGGCGGCGGUGGCCCCACCACCAUGAGCUUUGAGGGCGGCCCCAGCGGCAGUCGGCGCCGCGGGGAGGAGAGCGGGGACGCCGAGCCGCCCCCGUCGCCUCCGCCGCCGUCGCCAGGAGAGCCAGCCUCGGUCCCCGCGCCCCCGCGCUACCUGCCACCGCUGCCCGCGCCGCCCGCGUCCCCCGAGCGCCCCGCGGGGCCAGACGAGUCGCCAGCGGAGGUGGUCCCGCGGCGCAGCGGCGCGGAGGAGCUGCCGCCGGCAGGGCAGGAGGUGGCCGCGGCAGGCGACUCCGGGGCAGGUCCGAGGCGCCUUCCGGAGACGACGGUCCCGGAGGCGGCGGCGGGGAAGGAGGGCCCCGGGGAGCCGGAGGUCCGCGCGGGUGGGGAGGGAGAGCGGCGGGGCUCCAGCGACCGUCCCGAGACGCGCUCGGUAUGCAGCAGCCGCAGCAGCAGCAGCGGCGGCGGCGACCGGCGCUCCGGGCACCAGCACCAGCACCACCAGCCCAUCUGCAAGAUCUGCUUCCAGGGCGCCGAGCAGGGGGAGCUGUUAAACCCCUGCCGAUGUGACGGGUCCGUUCGGUAUACACAUCAGCUUUGCUUGCUGAAGUGGAUCAGUGAGAGGGGUUCCUGGACCUGUGAACUCUGCUGUUACAGAUACCAUGUCAUAGCCAUUAAAAUGAAGCAACCUUGCCAGUGGCAAAGCAUUUCUAUAACACUGGUUGAGAAAGUUCAGAUGAUUGCUGUAAUCCUAGGAUCCCUGUUCUUAAUAGCGAGUGUGACCUGGCUCCUCUGGUCAGCCUUCAGUCCCUAUGCAGUGUGGCAGAGGAAGGACAUCCUUUUUCAAAUCUGCUAUGGAAUGUAUGGUUUUAUGGAUCUAGUGUGCAUAGGUCUCAUUGUCCAUGAAGGAGCUGCAGUUUACAGAGUGUUUAAACGCUGGCGAGCUGUCAACUUACACUGGGAUGUAUUAAAUUAUGACAAAGCCACAGACAUCGAAGAAAGCAGCCGGGGAGAGUCUUCCACAAGCAGAACUUUAUGGUUGCCAUUGACGGCUCUACGAAACAGGAACUUGGUCCACCCAACACAGUUGACCUCCCCAAGGUUUCAGUGUGGCUACAUGUUAUUACAUCUGUUCAAUCGGAUGAGGCCCCAUGAAGAUUUGUCAGAAGAUAACAGCUCGGGGGAGGUUGUGAUGAGAGUGACUUCAGUGUGACAAAGCUAAGAAGGUGCGGUGUGGACCACCCUGCACAUUUUGGAAUGUAAUUGCAGUGAAUGGCAAAACCAUAGCACUUCUAAAAACACACAUCUAUGAACUUUUUAAAAUUUAUGCUUUUUAUAUGAACAUUUGAAUUGCAAAUACAUUUUUCUGAAAAAAAGAGUCCUCCUGUUCUUUGCUUUCUGAUUUAUCACAUCUUUUAUAAGUUGGUACUUGAAAUCAUUAUACAUAUUAUUUAACUCUACUUGGUUAAAAGAAUGGUGAACAUUAUCCUUAAGGUCAAAACUAUUUUUUUCUUGCUUGUUUUAAAUAUAUUUUUAUCAAACGUUUUGCUCCAUGUGUAAUUUUUCAGGCAUGCUACCAAUGGGGAAGAGUUUAGAAUGCUGUGGGCAAAUUCCAAAGUGCCCAUCAAGGGCGAGUCACAGAGGUGAUUCUGUGAUGCACUGGUCUUCCUCAUGCCUCAGGCUGGUUGGCACACUUGAGCAUGACUUUUUGUGUAGGAUGAAUUAACCUGUCACCAGGAAUGCAAGUUCUAGGAAUUAUGGCUUGUUUUCU